AAAUAGAAUAGAGUGGAGGGAAAAAGAAGUUGUUGAUGUAAGCGAUGCAAUCGUGACACACUAAGUGGGUACACUAAUCCGUGAUAUAAAAACGAACGAGCCGUAUUUCAGCCAGUCUAAAGGCGAUUCACUCGCAUACACAGGAUCUCGUUAACGAAGUACGGGAGAAUCGAGGAGAAGGAAGAACGCGGGACACAAAGGACUUCCACGGGACACGGCGGCACGCCGUCUGUCCUUUCCGUACGCAAGAAUGCAGGAUCAGGAUGAAUUUUACAGGACUCUCUGCUCGUCGGAGACCCUCCGCUCCGGCAGGAAGGGAUUCUUCCACGAUUUUAGCGGGCACGUGAUGCAAACCGCGGGCGAUACCUGGACGUCGAGGACAUUCGGCCGGAUCGAUGACAACGAAGGACGAGUGAGGGCGAUCUUUACUGACGCAAAAAUAAAAGACGUCGUGACUGACACGCUCGCAAAGGUGAAGCUCCUUUUCAGAGACAAGGAUGCAGAGAUCUCCAAGCGCAGGCGACUCGAAGGAUACCAGCUCGCCGCCGUCGGCGAGCACGACAAGGCCCUUUUGCUGUUCAGUCAGGCUGUCUUGCGCGCCCCUCAACCAGGUAGAAACAAGACGGUUGAUCAGGGUCUUUCGUUGUCUCUGGCGCUGCUGGGAAGAGCUGAGAUCUUUAUGGCCCUCAAAGAGUACUAUUUUGCGCUGGAGGAUCUGCGACUGGUCGCCGAACAUGAUUUGCCGAAUAAACUAAUGCAGGAACUUCAGCGAAAGAAAGAGCAGUGUGAGUGUUUUAUAAAAGGCAACGAGAACUCUCUGGUGCCCUUCGACCCCCGCAUCAACAAGAUGGCUCAAUUGAUUUCAGACGAGGAGAAAAGCAACAGUGCUGGCGGCGAUGGCACGCCGUUAAAUGGCGCCGUUAAUUCCGAGCUCCGUUGGUCGUCCGGCGCCCUGGAAAUCCGUGAGACCACGACGGCGGGUAAACACGCCGUCGCGACCGCGGAAAUACAUCCGGGUGAUAUUCUGUUAGUCGAGCCGCCGCUAGCGGGCUGUCUCCUGCCCGAGUUCUAUGGCACCCAUUGUCAGCAUUGUUACGCAAGGCUAAGAGCGCCGGUUGGGUGCCCGAACUGCAGUUGCGUUGCUUUUUGUGGAAAGAAAUGCAAAGAAGUCGCGAUGGCGACGUACCACAAGUACGAGUGCAAAGUUCUGGCGUUGCUGAUAGGCUCCGGCAUGAGCGUGCUCAGCAUGGUAGCUCUUCGGAUGGUAACACAGGAGGGUCCACAGAAGUGUUUGAAGAUUUACGAGAAAUUAAAGAAGAACGACGUGGCAAAGGUCACGGUGCUUUUGGCAGCUGCCUCUACUACGACGCCGACGGCGACACCGGAUACAUAUGACAUGAAAUCGCCGGCGAGUAGUAAGUCGGCGAAAAGAAGAAUCAGACGGAGGAAACUCAAGGAAUCUAGACGAGAGGAAAUUACCGAGAUGAUGGAAGAGAAGGGCACAAAAGAAUCCUGCGAAGGCGAUGACGAGAACGUCGACGUGGCACCGUACAACUUGGUAACGCACGCGGACAAACGGACGAGCAAAGACUUUCUAGAGAGAUCGCUGAUGGCAGCCUUUCUGCUCAAAUGUCUGCAGAGAGUCGGUUUUUUCGCAAACCCCACGCCGGACGAUGAAGUCCCGGGCGUUGAGGAGAUCACCGUGGCCGCCCUGCUGCUGAGGAACCUGCAGCUGCUCCAAUUUAACGCCCACGAGUUUUUCGAGACGCGAAUAAGUGCGGAGCAUCGAUUUCAUGGCAGUCGUCCGGUCUACCUCGGUGUGGCGAUUUAUCCCUCGGUCGCCCGUUUCAAUCACGACUGCUAUCCCGCAGUGACGAGAUACUUCAUUGGGCGACAUAUCGUAAUAAGAGCGAUACGCGGUUUGCGGCCCGGCGAUGUUAUUGCCGAAAACUACGGACCGAUAUUCACGAAGAGGACCCUCGCCGAGCGUCAAAGGACAUUGGCGGGAAGGUAUUGGUUCCGGUGUACGUGCAAGGCCUGCCAGGAGGAUUGGCCGCGCUUUGAGAAUCUGACGAACGAUUCUGUCAGGUUGAGGUGUCCUACAGCAGGAUGCGGUGGACUGCACUCGCAACAGGGUAAGCCGAUAAAAUGCCCGGACUGUCGAAAGAAAAUCUGCUUGGAGGAUCGGCUCGCAGGUCUGCGGGAGUGCGAGGCUCUCUACGAUCGUGGAUUGUCCAGUAUGGAAAACGAAAGGAUCGAUGAGGCGAUCGAGACACUCUGCGACGCCCUGAAGAGAUUUCACCAAGUUGCCUGUCCACCGCAUAGGGACACACACCUGGCCGAAAUUGCUUUAAGCUCCUGUCUGGCUGACUACGGGAAUAUUUGGCGACCGACGGCGCUUUGAAGAGUGCGCAGAUGGAGAAGGAAGCUAACUUGAACGGAUCCUAUAACCACGCGGACGAUAGCGGUGUGGCAGUUCCCGAAGAUGUCCUUCGAAUAAAAGAGGAAUGCAUUUGAUCGUAGGUCGUGGACGUUGGUCGGGCCAGUUUGGUUCGCGUACACUAUGACACCUUGAGACAUUUACCCAUUCAAUAUUCUGUAUCUUAUUUCAGUCAAAAAUUUAUUGUUUUGUAAUCACGUUUUUAUAAUCCUAAUAGGUAUUCGCGGAUCCAGUGAGCUUAAAUAUUUUUUUGAAUUACAUAAUAAAAAAUUGUGUAUA